CAGCUGCAUGCUGAUACUGGAGAUGUCUGGAUCUGUCGAUGGCUGCUCCCUGAGCAAAGCUGUGCAGCGACUCAUCGACAACAACACUAGCAUCACAAAUGACAAGCCGCUCACACGCAUGGUGUUGUGUGGUUCUACUGGUUCCACUGUCCCCACCCUGUUGGCGUCCAACCUGACCUGGGUCGCCAGUGAGCAGCCGAACUCCACCGUCUGCCAACCGAGCUCCACUCUGGUUAAAUGUGAAGCAAAUGAGACACUCGCGGUUCUUCUGACUGACACUUGUCCUCCGGAACCUUCCACCACCACGACCGGCAUUUUCCCGACUACAACCGGCACUUCUGAAGCCAACCGACACACUAACACGACAACCGACAACACCACAGCAGCGCAACAGAAAAAUGCAACACAGGGAAUAGCUCAGACUCAUUACAACCACUGCAUCUCCGCUGGACAACCAAACCACAAAUCACACCACAUCGAGUGUGACCCACAGCAUCACAUCAUCUGCAAAUAA